CCGGUGACAUUGAGCGGCCCGGCGCCGCGCCGCCUGGCGAGGUGCUGCUGUGCUGUCGGCGGAGCAGGCGGCCAUGGGGAGCCUCCGCGGCCUGCGCCUGGCGGCAGGAAAUUGUUUUAGAUUAUAUGACAGAAGUGCUUCCUCCUCUCUAAGGCUCACCAGAAACUCCGAUUUGAAGAGAAUAAGUGGCUUUUGCACCAAACCACAAGAAAGUUCUAAAGCUUCAUCCAGCCCUUACAGCCACAGAGUGCCAUUGCACAAACCUACAGAUUGGGAGAGGAAGAUCCUCAUCUGGUCCGGUCGUUUCAAAAAGGAGGAUGAAAUCCCAGAGACUAUCUCGUUUGAGAUGCUGGAUGCCGCGAAGAACAAGCUCCGCGUGAAGGUCAGCUACGUGAUGAUCGCCCUGACGGUGGCAGGCUGCAUCUUGAUGAUCAUUGAGGGCAAGAAGGCCGCCAGAAGAAAUGAGUCUUUAACAAGCUUGAACCUGGAAAAGAAAGCUCGUCUGAGAGAAGAAGCAGCUCUGAAGGCCAAAACAGAGUAGCAGGGGAAUCCAUGUUUGGCUGGAUUCUGACAAUCCAGGAAUCAUGUUGCAGCACCAAGCCUAUGUUGAAAAGAAUGGGGGAUGAGGAGUCAUUUCAUAAAUACAUUUUGCACAGACUUAUACCAUUUCCGUAUUUCUGCUGUAGAGGUACAAAUAAAUUUUCUUGCAGAAUAACUUG